GUCGGUUUUCUACCUUGUCGGCUUGUCUUGGUGAACAGGGCGGCGCCUGUGAACCGCACCAAAAUAUAAACGGAAAGACCCAGCCAAUUUCUUCACCAAGCUGCGAAUUUCACUCGUACUCCGGUGUUGUUGAAGAUGGAAACUCAGAAAAGCACCGAAGCAACAUCCACUCCACUUGCUGCUGCAACAAGCCCUAGUCCACCAGCCGCUGCAACCCCCAUGUCAUGCCGAAAGAAGAAGGAUGAACAAGCUACUUUCUUGGAAGAUGUGAAGGAUCACAUUGAUGAGUUUAUCAAUGGAUCUAUGGAUGAACAUGUGUCUUGCUUCAAGAAUACCAUGAAUAAGAUGUUUAAAAUGUCAAAGAAGGUUGCUGAGAAGAGUGCUGCUGAUGCCAAGGGAGUUGAGAGUUCAUUGCCCCUUCAAACAACAGUAGCAGACUAAUAACAUCUCCUCUUUUAGGUGGUUCUGUGCCUUCAGUACUAUUAACUUUUCUCCAUGAUUAAGUAACUGAAUCCAGUGUGUAGUUAAAUGACACCAGUUUUAUUUCGACUAGUGAAAACUUAAGACUGUUAUGGUGGUUGAUAAUAGUAGGACUGCAAUGAUGAUCCAAGUAUAUGUUCUUUCAAGGUUAUCCUAGUACAGUAUGUAUCUGGACAUGAUCCAAAUGGUAUCUUUUUCCAGUGUGAGAUUAUACCGAUUGAACUUAUAGAUAUAGGAAGAUUUCAUCUCCCCCAGUUGUACUCCUAUUGAGCUGUGUUUGAGAAAAGUUAUAU